CUUCCCCCCCCUCCUCCCUGCGGCGUUGUGAAGUGCUCGAGGAUGUCGGUGGCGGGUUGAAGAAGCAGUUUUACAAAGCGAGUCAGCUUGUCAGUGAAAAAGUGGGUGGUGCUGAAGGAACCAAACUUGAUGAAGACUUCAAGGAAAUGGAGCGGAAAGUGGAUAUUACCAGCAAAGCUGUGGCAGAUGUCCUUACAAAAACCACUGAGUACCUGCAACCAAAUCCAGCAUCCAGAGCUAAAUUAACAAUGCUGAAUACAGUAUCAAAGAUUCGUGGACAGGUAAAAAACCCAGGCUAUCCUCAACCAGAAGGGCUUCUUGGAGAAUCUAUGAUUAAAUUUGGGAAGGACCUUGGUGAAGAAUCAAAUUUUGGAGGGGCUCUCAUUGAUGUUGGCGAAUCGAUGAAGCGGAUGGCUGAGGUUAAAGAUUCCCUGGAUAUUGAAGUUAAACAGAACUUUAUUGAUCCAUUACAAGGUCUAUGUGAUAAAGAUUUCAAAGAAAUUCAGCAUCAUUUGAAGAAACUGGAGGGUCGCCGCCUGGACUAUGACUACAAGAAGAAACGACAGGGUAAAAUUCCUGAAGAGGAGAUUAGACAAGCUUUGGAAAAAUUUGACGAAUCCAAAGAUGUUGCAGAAACUAGCAUGUACAACCUUUUAGAAACUGAUAUCGAGCAGGUGACCCAAAUGUCAGCCCUGGUGGAGGCACAACUGGAUUACCACAAACAAGCUGUACAAAUUUUGGAAGAGCUCUCUGAUAAGUUAAAGGAGAGGAUACGGGAUGCAUCAGGUCGCCCUAAACGGGAAUACCAGCCAAAGCCUAGAAGCACUUACACAGAAUAUGGAGACACAGACCAUUCCAAUGGAGGUUUCUCCUUCAGUGGGUCAACAAAAUCACAAGCCUCCUUCCGUUCUGACAAGCCCAAUAGGACAUCAGCCGGUGGAUCCCCCUCACACCUAGAUCAGCCAUGCUGCAAGGCAUUGUAUGAUUUUGAGCCAGAGAAUGAAGGGGAACUCGGCUUCAAGGAAGGCGACACCAUCACUUUGACCAAUCAGAUCGAUGACAACUGGUAUGAAGGAAUGCUCCACGGCCAAUCGGGCUUCUUCCCCGUCAACUAUGUGGAAGUGUUGGUCCCAUUACCUCAGUAAAGGUGCUGAACUGGACACCGGAUAUAGAUGUGGAGAGAAGGAGACUGUCAACAUUCCUUUAUAAUUUAAAACACUAGUCCACUUCCAUGGGUUGUUUCUCACAGUGCAGUGAUACAUUGUGUGCAAAGCAUCAUUUUUUAUUUUGAAUUGACAUAUGUUUUUUCUGUGUUAACUUAAGGUGCAGCUCCAGUUAGUCUGCAUGUCUUGCAAUAUGGUUGUGAGAGAUCAGCAUUUAGGUCAAUGGAUCCUUUUCUUGAUCUAUCCAUUACUGGUAAGGUGAAAGGGCUGAAAUUUGACAUUUACCUUUUAGCUGAAAUGGCUGUGCCAGUGUUAUUGUCCCUAGUGUGGUAGUGGGUGAGAUAACCCUCCACUGCUCCCCAAUAAGUUAUCUUCUGUUGUGGAGUCAUGUGACCUUGGGUCACAAGCAACAAAUUAAUUGUAAAAGAAAUGAUUUUGUGUUUUUUUUUGCUUUUGCUCCCAAUCUGCAUUAACAUGGGGGUUAUAUCGAAAUAAUUGGGUGGGUCAGUAGGUCGGAUACCAGCCUUUCAACUCUGACAUCUAGAUGCAUAUUCAGCACACACUGAUGGGAUGAAAGCUUCCUCUGUCUCCAGACUCAAAGGAUCCUAUUUGAAAUGAGCUUGGCCAAGUUGAAUCCAAUUUAACAGCACUAAAUUGGCAGUCUCAUUCAGACAGGCUACAGGACAGCUGGAGUGGGAUAUUGACUAAUGUUACAUUGGUACAAUAGGUGGGGCUGCCUAGGAAUUGGGUUCUUAGCGAGGUGGAGGGGAUGGGAGUUGGCGGUCUAACCUCACUGAGCCUACCUUUGACAGUGGGUGCUUGAAAUGGAAGGUGUUCCAUUCUGUGCCUCUAGUAACGUCCAUAUAACAAUAUCAAGGAGUAUAUCUUAAGUCUCUGAACUUCAUUGGUUGUAUUCCUUUGUCUAACCCACCACUGCAUUCUGCUUGUCCAUGUUUACAUUGACUACCCGCUGUGGAAGAUCCCGAGUUUAAAGAUCCCUGUGCAUCAAAAAAGGACUUUUGUUCCUCUCUGUUUUAUGGUAGACUUUAUAUGAGAAAACCCUGUCCGCUGGUUCGUGACAGACACACCUCUAGUUAGCAAUACAAUGUUAUGGUUCUAUUCAACCUGAUCAUCAAUUUCCCUUGAAUAGGGGAGGGAAAACUAGUUAAGAUUUCCUUCCCUUGAAUGCUGUCUCACUGAAGACAGUGUUCACAUCGUAUUGGAUGAGAUGAGGGACAACACAGUAUCACAUCAGAAACAAAAGCCUAUUGAUGCUCAUUGUAUGUGGUCAGGACUGAAGAGUAACUUAUUGGGCGAAUAACCUGAGGGUGCCUCAUUACCAUGGGAAUCCACAUCACUAAGAGUCAGCACCUUGAAAGGAGGAAAAAUGGGGUCUUCUUUCAAAAUAGUUUCAACUAUCUGAAUGUUUAUUUUCCUCAAUUUUGGAUUAGUUGAGGAUGUUUCAGUGUUAUUAGUACGAGCUUAAAUAAUUUGAUUUAGAUGUUUAGUGACUAUUCCCGAAUUGUAAUGGGGUUGCAGUUAUUAUUUGAAAGCUAUAAAUAAUUAGACCAACUAGUUUACAAGUAUAUGUUUAAAUAUUUCUGUGAACCACUUUUAUAUUAGAAGAGAAAGCACCAAUAGAGAACAGGUGUUGAAACCAAUAAGCAAAGAGGAACAGCUUCAACCUCCCAGCUUCUUCAUGCUUUGCCUCCAGAGGUCGUCCUGCAACAUAAGUGAAUAGCUGUAAUAUAAAUGAACGGGAAUACAUGUCUCUGAAGAUACAGGAUGUACCUUUUUUGAAGUGGUUUUAUUGCGCCUGUACACCUAUAGCACAGGUGGGUAGAAAUGCCCACCUACUUGAGUGCCUGGGUGCUGGUUGCCCAGGCCAGUAUUUUGAUUUGCUUGCAGGUGGGCCAAACACUCAGCUCCCUUUUCUCUCCCAUCUCUGAACUGAAGUAGGCUACCUCCAAAUUGCUGGCCUGUAAAAACCUUUCUUUGAGGUUGGAGGGUCCCUGCAACUAAAAUGGCUAAAGUACAUUAAUAACUUCUGUACAAUUUGCACAUUGAUAAAGCUGGUGCUAUGGAUGCCACCCUAUUGGUGUCAAUGUAACAGAUCUGGAGUAGUCCCAGAUCUGUAGUAUAAGUGGGACACAAUUCAGUCUUCCAGGGAAGUGUAGACUGUAAGUAAGAAUGAUCCGUUGCACAACUUCCCUGAGCCCUCAUCCAGUGCUGCUGCAUCUGACUACUCUAUCUUUUGAUUCAGAAAAGGCUAUGCAAAAUAACAAAUUCAAAUCCUGAUUCUCGUCCUUCAAUCUCCUUUUGGCAAACAUAUAGAUAACUGGAAUGAAUUUUGUCUUCGGUGAGACUUGAAUUGUCCCCAUUAUCAUUUUUACAGUUUGUGACUUUUGGCUUUCUAUGUUUAAUGAGCAAAGUUAAGCUUUCAGUAACUAAUUCCUAUUUUGCCCACCACGAUGUUGAAUGAUGACCUGGUACAACACGUGCUGCAUGUAUCUGGGAGGUAUUAUUGCUGAGCACUCCCAUAUUGACACUAGCUCCUUAACACUAAUCAUGAUGUACCAUGUAACUGUCUAGUUUUUUUUUGAUAGUAUUGUCAACUCAUCGUGACAUUUAGAAGAUUUUGACCAUACCUCUACUAAUGCUUUAUGAAUUUGAUCUAUCUUUUGAUAAUCAUAAAAGCCAUGGGCUUAUAACUCAAAAUAUGUAUCUUUUUUACUGUUUAAUCCUGCAUGUAGAUUUAUGUUUAGUACAAUUAUAAACUUAUGUAAUGUUUUGUUCAGAUUAUGUAAAGAAUAAACAUAAAAGCAGGUGAUAUCUGAGCUAGAUUUGCAUAAAUCAAAAGUAUGUUGUUUCUGGGGGUGUUGGAGUGGUGGUUAUAGACUGAAAUGUCAAAUAUGAAAUGUAUAUUUGACAUUAAAUUGUAUUGAAAGAAAUUAAAACUUAAGUUUGUAUCAGG